UCCAAAAACCCAUCUAUAUAAUAAAACCAUCUCCUGUGUCUUUCUUCUUCGUAUCAACAUCAUCUCUAAGUCACAUACACAAAAGUCACUGAGAAAAGAAUAAUACCAAAUUCCCACCGACUUAAAAAAGACUAGCAGCAGAAUCCAAAGCAAAAAACAAAGAAUGAAGCCCAUCGACAGCAAGAAAGACACGGUGACCAUCAGAGCAGUGAGCCACGACGAAGAAGGUCGGAAGAGAAUGGAGAAGACGGAGCUCGAAACCCACAACAUCGACACCAUCAAGUACGUCGAGAAGAAGCUCAUCGACAAGGGCGUGCAGCGAUUGGAACGCCACCCUGCCGAUGGAAUCGGGAUCGGCCGUCCACCGCCCAAAUCCGGCCACGGUGGAAAGUACACGUGGGAGGGUCCCGGCGAACUGGCGGAGAGCGAGCUGUCACCGGUUCCUCCGGCGAUCGAUAAGGGAGACCCGAAUUAUGUGGAUGAAGAAGCAGAGGAAAGGGUGGUGAGCGGUGAAGAUGAUGCGGUGGCAGGGUAUGUGGUUGGGGAGGUUGAGGUGCCAAAGGCUGCUGAGAGCAGAGAUGGGGUUGCUAGGGUUGAGGUUGAUCCUCACCUCAAGGUUAAUUAGUUGUCACUUCAUACAACGAAGUUGACAGGCAUUUAUGGUUUCUAUGUAAUUUCCUUUUUUUUUUUUUUUUAACUCAAAACAAAAACGCUUGGAAUAAUCAGUUGUGAAAUUGUAUUUCUAUGUGUUUUGCGCGUGUUUUUUAAUGCAUUUCACUGUUUUGUUUGA